GACUCGGGAAGGUCAGGGCCAGGCAGAGAGCAUCAUGCAGAGCAGGGCAGCUCCGGGGCCCAGACUGGACUGGGAUUCUACAGACUCAAGGUUCUCUUCCAUUUCGCAUAGACCGCCCUUUUAAAUGGAAAAAUAAAUGCAAUCAGAGCUGUAGCUCAGGACUAAGCUAUUCCCGAGGAUAACCUGAUAAGAGGCAGAGUUGGUGCUUCUGGGGGAUGUAGAGUGAACCCCUGAGCUUUCAGAUAAACACUAGUGCCAUUCUCAGGGUCUGCUGCUGGACUUAAAAGUCAGUGUUUACUCAUAGAGUUCAGCCUUGAGAUCAGCUGGACACCAUCGACCAAGAACUGGCUGAUUUCCGGCAUAAGACACCAACAGCAUGUGAGGCCGCUGAUCCUGUGGGGAGAAGGACGGGGCAUUGGGCCUCAGAUGGGUGAGGAAGCCCAGCCUCCUGAGUGGCCUGCUGAGUUAACCAAGCAGACAUGUGGAAAUGUCGAGAACAAUGUAGUACCCACAUCACCUGCCCAGAACACAUGAAUUUCUCUAUUCAUCAGGUGUGCUCCAGGUGCCAAGCUCAGUAUUAGGCCCCAGGCAAGUUCCCAACGGCACAUGAAGGCUCCCUGCCCUCCAAAUAUCCCAGGCACCCUUGCCUGUCUCUAUUUUUAUCAUGGCAUUUGCCUGUGCCUGGCACUGUAGUGUUUACAAGCCAGCUCGGCUCCCGCCAAAACUUCAGCCCAGGAAGGCAGAGCUUGACUUCUGUCAGGCAGCAUUCUGGUCCCAGGCUUGGGCAAUCGACAGAUAUUGUUUGAAUGAAGACGUUGAGCCAGAGGCAGUCUUGACACAAGAACUUGUCAGACUGGCCUUGGUUGGGUGCUAGGAGGAAGCUGGUGUGUUCUUUAUAGCUGGACACUAAAGGUGAUUGGGUAGGUAGCCAGAAAGGCUCCAGAGGAAAGAAUGUGGGGUCAUGUUAGAGAAAGUGGACCGUACCACCGGGGAGGCCAUGGGAGUGGUGCUGGCGGUGCAUGACGCUCUAACCUCAAGAAGACUUCGCUGGAGGGAAACCAUACUCCCUGAACAAGGAAGAGUAUUAAGGGAUGCCUGGGUGAGGAAGGGCAGCAGCCAGCAGGGAGGGAGGCCUGGGUGAGGAAGGGCAGCAGCCAGCAGGGCAGGAGGCCUGGGUAAGGCGGGGCAGCAGCCAGCAGGGGCCUUCAAGGGAGCCACACCCGUGAGUCCUUGCUGUGCACAACGCUGAGAAGAGCUGGACUGGGUAUGGGAGGCUGCUGGUAGCUCCCCUGCACUCUGGUUUACCGGCCCGGCAGUUGCUAGCCCAGUAGAGGAUGUUGAACCUUAAAAACAUAGGCAUUGGGGUGCUUAGAUUUGGGGGAUGACAGGGGAGUUGGAGGCCAGCAUGGAAGAGGUGUUCCUAUCAUACCUAGUCCACCUGGGAGGAUGGGCCCCAGGCCCUAGACCUGCACUAUUGCCCCCAUGUCUCAUUAUGCGGCCAAACUGUAUUUUGAAAGGCUAUGGGCCUAGCUGGAACCUGCUGCCUCAGCGGGGCCUACUCUUGGGGGAGGGGUGUUUGCCCGUUGCCAAGGUACCCGGGUUCCGGCCUCUUGCAGUAGCCACAGCCAUGCUGUACUCGCUGUUCUUAGUGCCAUCGCUGUCCCUGCUGGUGAUGCCUGUCCCUAGCCAUGCCUGGUCACGGCCCCUCUGGUACCAAGUGGGGCUGGACUUGCAGCCAUGGGGCUGCCAGCCAAAUGGCCUGGAUGGCUGCAGGAGCAGUCUGGGCUGCCCUGGUUACUGGAUGGCCCUGGGAGGAAGUCGCAUCUACCCCGUGGCUGGCAUCACGAUCACCACCACUAUGAUGCUGGCUAUCGGCCAUAUGAUGUUACAGCGGUGGCGAUCUCAGGUCAUUAAGGAUCAGCUCCCACAGGUGACUCCCAGUCCCUGCAGACACUGGAAACGGCAGGCGGCCGUUGUCUCAGACCGCACCCUGGUCCUCAGGGUCCUCCACAUGCUGGAUGCCAUCCUGCUCCACAUUGAGGGCCACCUACAGCGCCUGGCUUCCCAGGAACAAAUUCAAAUAAAAGGGACCCCCACCCAGUCUGGGUGA